GUUGCGAUUGACGAUUAGUGAUCAUCUGUGGACUCUGUGGUUGUUCUUGUUGCUUUUACCGUUUCGGUUUCCGAGUUGUAAUUUUUUACCAAAAUUUCGUAAUCUAAAUAAAAACCCGAAUUAAGGGGGUUGAGAUGUUCACGUAUAAUUUUGCAAUAAUAAUAUGUCGAAUUGGUAUUGGCGGGUGAUUGCCUUGAAAGCGGCUUUUGUGCUUACAUGUUUUGUUAAUUAUAUUCGGACUGAUGAUACUAUUCAGAAGUUACCGUUUUGUAAUCCUCACGCAGCUAAGGAUACAGCUUUUAACGACUUAAUAAUAGUCAGCACUUUGGAUGGACGCCUUACAGCGUUUUCUUCAGAUAAUGGCAUCAAAGCAUGGUCUUUGGACACUCAGCCACUGUUAUCUUCUAAUUUACAUCAUGUUGAACUCACCUCAGGCGGCAAAUGGGUUCGGCUAGUUCCUUCCCUACGUGGGACUCUGUUCAGUAUGAGCGGAGAUGCCAUAGAGCCUUUGCCAUUUGAUUCCGAGCAACUACUGUCAUCAUCAUUCAAAUACUCGGAUGACCUGGUGAUAGCUGGUGCCCGAGAGACCCUAUGGGUGGGUUUGGACGCUCACACCGGCACCGUCAUAUACGAGUGUUCCUCCAGUGGGUGUAACAGUGAACAGCAAACGGCAACCGCUGGACGGGACAUCAUCGUGUUGAGGCGACACUCCAACACAGUGAGAGCGUUGGACCCGCGUUCCGGAACCGAGAAAUGGAACUUCAGCGUGGCGGAGCACCAGCUGGCGCUGAGCCGGCGCGAGUGCGUGGGCGGCGCGGGCGCGGCGCGGCGCGCGCUGGCCGUGGGCGUGUCGCUGUCCGACGGGGAGGUGUGCGUGCGCGCCCGCGACUCGCACGCGCCGCUGUGGCAGCACAAGCUCGAAGCGCCCGUUGCCGGCAUGUGGAGGCUCCAGGACGGUUCGCUUGAGAACAUGGACGUUUUGUGGGAGGCCGCGCGAGCUUUGACCGACACGAAUACACAAAAUGCACCCUCGUUAUAUCUGGGAGUUCAUAACACACAGCUUUACAUUCAAGAGAGUGUUUUGUACGCGCAAAAAAUUGAAACAUCCGUUUCAACUAAGCCGGUGCCGUGGAAGUUGAAACAGUCAAUGCCUCUCAUUGCUGAUGGCAGCACCGCUCUGUCACAACCAGUCGAAGAUCCCAGAACUCUAGCUGUGAUUACUUUGCAUGGAAAUUCGGGCAAGACGGAAAACCACGGCUUCUUCCUCUACCUCCAGGACACAUGCGAUCAGGCCGUCCAAGUAAACGAAGACUCCAUAGAGGGACCGGAGAUAGUUCUACCCAACAAUAGUGAUGACCAGCCCAACCACCACCACGUGCACGUUCACGUCUACUCUCUAUGGUUCUGGUGGAAGGAGGUUCUAUUGAUAGCGAUAAGUUCCGCCCUACUCAUGAACCUAAUGAUCUGGCCGAGAUUUUUCGCCCCGAAACUCAGGCCUCCGACACCGUUACCGAUGAACCAGGAAUAUAUAGUCGUGGAACGUCACUACGAGAGACCGCCAUCGAAUAAUAAUACUGAGUAUUCGGGGAGAUAUGAAAACGAUUUCACCCCUCUGCAGUGUCUCGGUAAGGGUGGCUUCGGUGUCGUUUUCGAGGCGAGGAACAACAUCGAUCAUUGCUCGUAUGCUGUGAAGAGAAUCACUUUGCCGAAACGCGAGUCGCGGCGCGAGCGCGUGCUGCGCGAGGUGCGCGCGCUGGCCAAGCUGGAGCACGAGCACAUCGUGCGGUACUUCAACGCCUGGCUCGAGGAGCCGCCCGCGCGCUGGCAGGAGCAGCGCGACGCCUACUGGAUGAGGGAACUGGGUGGGAUGUCAGUAGCGAUGUCUGAAGACUACACCUCACCCACGCCCCUGUCCCCCGCGCCCGAGAAGUCCCCCGCAAAGCGAGAAAGUGUCAUGUUGAACUUGCAAAAGUCCAUCGAUGAUUGUGUUGACGCACUCGACUACGAGAAAAAGCUCUCCGAACCCAGAAGACAUAGAUCGUUAAGUUGCAACGAUUCGUUCAGCAUCAUCUUCGACGAAAACGCCUCCAAGGACCCGCACUUGACCACCGAGACCCCUAAGCUCAGUGACGUCACACCCAGCACCCUCUCCAAGCACAACGGCAGUGGGGACAACGAUGACUCCUUCAUUGUGUUCGCGAAUACAGCCGACCCCUCCACAGGACUCUCGGAGGCUAGAAAGGAAGUAUCUAACAAGGUACUUGAGAAGAUUAAGGAAUGCGACACGUUUCAAGAUAGCCAAAGUUAUAAUAAGAAAAAAAAGAAGAGUCACACCCGACACUGGUCGCUGGAUAUGUGCGUUCGUACACCAGACGAAAGCACAGCUGGCGACUCCAAGAUGUACCUCUACAUACAGAUGCAGCUGUGCAGGAGGGAUAGCCUGCACGACUGGUUGAGGAACAACCGCACCUGGGAAUCUAGGAGGGACCAGGUGAAGACGCUGUUCAGUCAGAUAGUGUCAGCGGUGGAGUACGUGCACCUGGCUGGACUGAUCCACCGUGACCUGAAGCCCAGUAACAUUUUCUUCGCACCGGACGGGAAGGUGAAGGUUGGGGACUUCGGGCUCGUGACCGCCAUGUCGGACAACUCGAGCGACGGGCCCGCCGAGCAGCUCGACGUGCACGCUCGCCACACGCACAGGGUCGGGACACAUUUAUACAUGUCUCCGGAACAAUUACUUGGUCAACCGUACAGCUACAAGGUGGAUAUAUACUCGCUAGGACUGGUUCUGUUCGAGUUGUUACAUCCAUUUGGUACGGAGUCAGAGAGGGUUGCUUGCCUCAUGCGAGCCAGGAAUGGACACUAUCCACAUAACUUCCAGCAAAAUUAUCCUAAUGAGACGGAGGUGCUCAAGCUGAUGCUGUCGGCCGAGCCCAAGCUGCGGCCCACGGCCAGCGGGGUGCGGGCGCGCGCGCCGCUGUACCAACACACCGACCAGCGCUGGCACUUCACGCUGCCCACCCUCGUCGCCUGUUGACUGCUGGACUCACCUCUAUCUAAAUCACUACACUUUUUUGUACUAAGUGUAAAAAAUAUAUUACAUAUUAUAUUUGGGUUUUAACCGGGA